UAACACAAGCAGAGGGGACGCUCUGGGUAACCGCUCCACUGAUGUUUAUCCAGGUGUGAAAGCAGUCAUGCAUUCUGCGAGCAAGUCGUGGCUGCUGCUUACAGGCUUCAUACUAUUUUAUAUCAUCUACCUGCUGUUCGGAGCCUUGGUUUUCUCCAGCAUCGAGCGGCCGGUGGAGGACAAGUUGCGACAUGAAAUGGAAACUCUGAAGCAGGAGUUUCUGAACCAGAGCUGCGUCAACCCCGCGUCCCUCGAACGCUUUCUGGUCAAGGUGCUGACGGCCAACAAGUACGGCGUGUCCGUCCUCAAAAACUCCUCCGUGGCUUCAAACUGGGACUUGGCAUCCUCCAUGUUCUUUGCAAACACUCUAGUGACUACUGUUGGUUAUGGUCACACCACACCUUUGUCUGACACGGGCAAAACUUUCUCCAUCCUCUACGCCCUAAUAGGAGUCCCUUUCACCAUGCUGGUACUGACCGCCUGCGUCCAGAGGAUCAUGUUCCCUCUGGUCCACGCUCCUGUCGGCGUCCUACAGCGUUCGGGCAUGGAGCCUCGACCGGCCACCGCUGUCCACUUCCUGUUGUUGCUGGUUCUGGUGGUGCUGUGCUUCUUUGUGGCGCCAGCAGCUGUUUUUAGCACAGUGGAAGUGUCUUGGUCAUUCUUGGAUGGCAUGUACUUUUGUUUCAUCUCGCUGUGCACAAUUGGACUGGGGGACUUUGUGCCAGGUACGCAGCCUGGACAAAAGUACAGGUCGCUGUACCAGGUCUCCGUCAUGGCCUACCUGUUCAUGGGUCUGAUGAUGAUGUACCUCCUGCUGCGCUCUUUCCACAAGAUGGCCGACCUGCACGGCCUGACCACAUUCCUGCAGCUGCCGCGCUGCGAGGAGUCUGACCUGGACGAGGACAGGGAGCCCAUUGUGGAGAACCAACAGGAAGAACAGACGCGCCCUUACCUGACGGAAAAAGCUGCCAGCAAACCUCUGGAGCCGGGAUCGCAGCCCUCGUAUAACUCCAUCAAUAAAGGCUGAGGUGUGGAGGAGGCAGAAAGAAAGAGAGAGAGAGAGAGAUGACGCUCUACCUCUGGCCCUCUCUUGGUCUUGAACCAGUGAUGAAAUACACAACCGGUGGGCUGAAUCUGAAUUCUUGUCUUAAUUUUUCUUUGCUAGUUUCCUCAUACAAAACAUCCUGACUAAUUGACAUGAGAGUUUUGAGAUUCAGCCUUUGAGAGAGGACUGCCAAACUAUUGUGUGGUUACUACACCACACAUAAAAGGAAAACAAAACCGCAACCUGCCUGGGCCAAAAAAACAGCUACUCCUUUUCUCCUUAAACUCUGGUCGAUGUCUUCACAGCCUUUGGAUGUCACAUGAAAGGGCUAGGACCAAAACCUUUUAAUACAUGGUUGUUUGUUUCAGAUCACUUAUGUCUUUUUUUUUCAUGUAUUUUUGUCACGCUGCUUUUUGUGUGUUUUUGUGUCAUAGGUUUGGGGGUGUUUAGUUCAGGUCCAAGAAUAAUAAUAAUAAUAUUAAAAACAUGCCAAACACAAUCUGUGGAUGCACUUGCCAUUUCACAAAUAACUUUCACACUUUGGCUACAGUUGUGUUUUAAAUUUAUGGUGUUUUUUUAUAUUUCACACAUGCACAGCAUGGCCAAAACACCAUCAAACCAUUUAGUUAUAUUUAUAACUUUGGAUAGCCCUUUGUUUUCAUUUUUGCAUUGCUUUAAUGAAACUUCACAAAUUUGGGAUAAUCACAAUUGCAUUGCUUUUAAAACUCCACUUUCUUAUAUAAAGGUGAGGAUUUGAAACUGUGGAAGAUGUUAACUUGAAUUUUUUUUUAUUAUUUAAUCAGACUCCGUGUAUGAAGGCAGUAGCUUUCCUGUCUCUGGGUCAGCCUUGAAAAGACUCCUCAGAACAAUGGCUGUCCUUCUUUAUGGUGCUGCCCCCUGGUGUUUAUGUGUAUAUAAUGCAACAUGUUACAACACUUCCAUAAACAGGAUUAAAGGGUUGGAGUAGAGGGAUUUAGAAAAAGAAAAAAGGAUUAAAAAGAUAGUAAAUAAAAAGUGUUUCAUUGUGGUGAUUGAGUGCAUGAUUUAUUUAAUUGGAAAACCAAACUUGUCAUAGAUGACCUGUUUUCUUGUCUGUGUUUCUGUCCAUUAAGAGAUCACAAACCUGAGAUGCACUUUAAUGUUCACAUCAGUUCUUUUACCAUCAGAGUUGUAGUUGAAUGAAUAUAUUAUAAAAUAAAUACAAAUAUAUCCUGAUACUGUAAAAUCAUUUCUUUGUUGUAUGUAUGUAUGUGUGUAUGUG